AUGGGGGCAACGUCACUGUUACGCAGGGUAGGUGGCUGGCUUGCACCACCACCUCCAAAGGCGUCCGAUGGUCGUGACCAGUGGCCAUCUAGAGCAGCCUUUCUGCUCGCAGCAAUGGGCGGAUGUGCGGGUCAGGGUAACCUGCUACGAUAUCCUUCGGUCGUGUACAACAAUUACGGUCUACAGUGGUUCAUCCCCUACCUCUGCGCCGUUCUGUUCAUCGCCAUCCCAGCCCUAAUCCUCGAGAUAGCAGUGGGCCAAGCCUACCGAGGUGGUACGGUCAUCGCCUUUAACAAUGUCCACCCACGGCUCAAGGGCGUGGGCAUCGGUCCCGUCCUGGUCAGCUUCAUCGUCGUACAGUACUUUACUGUCAAUUUAGCUUGGAUCAUGGUCUACUUUCGCCACUCUUUCACAAGUCCAUUGCCAUGGGAAGGUAGACUGGAAUCAUUCUACAACGAAGACGCCCUCGCCAAUCCAGCGCCCGUCGGUGGAGAAUUGUCUGCAGACAUGUCGAGUGUAUUGUCCUAUGUCACAUACCCAGCUAAAGCCCUAGUCGGAGAGACGGUGGGAUGGAGCGCUUUUGUCUGGUUCCUCAUCUGGGGCAGUAUCUUCCGAGGUGUGGGCAUGACAGGUCGAGUCGUCUACUUCACAAUGGGACUGCCCAUUGUUACUACGAUCAUCUUCGUAGGCAGGUCCCUCUCAUUGGACAAUGCCGGCGAGGGGGUGAGGCUCCUCUGGGCUACCUGGCGCGGAGAUCAAUUGGCCUCUGGAACCGUGUGGCAGACGGCGGUAGGCCAAGUCUUCUUCUCUACUGGUGUGGGAUUCGGCUACUUCACCUGCUAUGCCUCGUACAACAAGAAGCACUCAAACGCAGUCCUAGACGCCAUCCUGAUCUGCGGUAGCAAUGUCCUCUUUGAAAACUUUGCAGCUUUCGCCGUCUUUGGUGUAGUAGGCUAUCUUCGCCGCUGGCCGCAAGAUGGUGUCCGUCUUGGUGCCUUUGUAGUAGGUUUCUUCACCCUGCCCGAAGCAGUCAUCCAGAUGCCAGGUGCCAACUUCUGGGCAGUCUUGCUCUUCUUUACGCUCAUCGUUCUAGGAUUCAGUUCCGCCUUCGUCAUGUUGGACGUAGUGGCCACACUUCUAGUCGAUUCGGGCUUGAAGUGUUCUAGACCAACCAUCGUUACUGCUCUUACGCUGGUGUGCUUCCUGAUGUGUCUGCCGUACUGCACCGAAUUUGGCUACUAUCUCCUGGACGGCGUGGACAGGUGGAUCAACAAUGUCGUUCUCAUCUUUGUCGUAUGGGCAGAAACAGUCAGCGCCAGCUCUGUGUAUCGCUACAACGACGUAGUCAGUCAGACUGGCGCGCUCAGCUUCUGGAUCUACAAUGGUGGCUAUCUCGCCGGGCACAUCUUGGGCAUCGGGCUCGCUCACGGCAUCAGCAGUCCAGGCGCAGGAGCCGGAGCCGGAGUGGGACUCUGGGCCGUUUGUACCGUCCUGGCUACUUUUCUAGCACGACCCCAGGUAGAGUCCCACCUCGAGGUCCGUGCACCUGGCUUCUGGGGAAGGAACAAGUUCACCUCACGCUUCUGGUUCCUGGCCUUUUACUCUGGCAACCAGCUCCGUCGCGACCUAAACGUCAUCAUAGGCGGUGGACGCAAUUGGAGCAUCCCUUUCUUCCUACCAGUCCUACUGAGGUACGUCAGCGGGCCCGUCCUGGUCAUCAUCCUCAGCUUUGCCUUUCCUGAAUUUCACACGCUGAGAUACGACCCGAUGAUGAUCGCUGGGUUCAUCCUGUCGAUCCUCUGCCUUGCGGCUAUGCUGGUAGGCUUUGUCAUGCCGAGGUACUAUGAUGUCUUUAUACCUGCUUCGAGGAGGCAUGAAGGGCUAGAAGAGACGUUUGUCAAUGAGACCAGGUAUGAGAAGGCAGAUGCCGGAAAGGAUGGGGAUGUCGAGGUGACUGUCACAAUGGUAGAUUCCAAUGAGGUGUAG